AUGUGUGUUGAAGCAUAUCUUGGCAAUUUAGACUUCUUUUUUAUUCGAGAAACUACAGAUUUACGAGAAGUUGGCGGUAUAUCUGGUUUUUUGCAUACAAGUCUGUCUGAAGUACAAGCUGUUGUCGGAGCACAUACUACUAGCUUAGGUGGUAAUGCCCUACUAUCUUAUCAUUUAAGUGAAGUAGUUAUUCUUCGGCCAACAUCAAGAAAUCAAGCUCAGUGUCUUAUAAAUGUUUGCGGUGAUAUGGCUAAAGUCAACUGUGUGAAGACGGCGGUGACGACGACUCCGACCACAACAACGUCGAAAAUAAAAUCAAUCACAAAAUCCAAAUUGAAUUAG